GGCCGAAUCAAGUUCAAUAUUGAGUGUUUGUUGUCGAUGUAAACAAACCGGGAACAACGUGCACGCGAUGGAUGAAAACGAAUCCCUUGAGAUGGAGCGAGAAGAUUUAGGGAGAUAUGCUGACCUUUUCUCUUUUGAUGCUGUCAAACCAGUGAGGUUAUCCCUGCAUUUGAUCGUAAAGCGACAUUUACCACUGGAAGCAAAAGACUGGAGUCAUGAAGAAAUUCUUGAAGCCCUGCAGAAAGUCACCCACAUACGACUAGACAGAGAAAACAUUUCAGAAAUUGAUGGCUUAGAGUUGCUGGAAAAGAAAGUCACAAAUCUCUACCUACAGCAUAAUCAGAUUAAAUGUAUAGAGAACUUGGAGUGUCUGACGAACCUGCGGUUUUUGACUCUUUCCGGUAACCAGAUUGAAGUAGUUGAAGGCCUGAAGCAUCUACAACAUCUCUUUUUCCUGGAUCUCUCUCUUAACCUCAUUAAAGACUUUGACAUAGAUGAGUUUCCACAGAGCCUGAUCAUACUGAAUCUAAAAGGAAACCCCUGUACCAGUCACCCAGAUCACAGGGGGAGGAUCAUCCAGGACUUGCCAAAACUCAAACAGCUGGAUGAGGUAGAAGUCACUAGUGAAGAAAAACUGGAGGCUGGGUUCAAAACUGAGGAAGAUGAAGAUGAUGAUGAUGAAGAAGAUGAAAAAGAGGAUAAACCAGAAGAUAAAAAAGAAAAAGCUGGAUCAAAAAAUAUAGAACAACUGACCAAUUCCACACUUGUGAGAUCUCAGAACAGGGAAGAAUUGAACGUUCUAAAUCAGACGAGCGCGGAUAUAAACAAACUUGAAAAUGAACUUGAUGAAGCAAGGGGUAACUACAAGAUUAUUUUCACUGAAGCCUCUGAAAGACUGGCCCAAGCCGCCGAAAAACGGCGGAAGCCAAUUCAGCGUGCGCGAGCGUACUUCGAAUUGAAGGAGGAAGCCAAAAGGGCCCAGGGUGAGUCCCUCAAGGCUGCCCGUCAGUACCAGUCCGCCAUCAGUGUGUAUCGCGCUGCCAAGGAAACCGUGACGUUGGCGGAAGAGCGGCUGCUGCAGAAUGGGGAGGGAAAUCUAUCAGCCGCCUGGCAGGAAAUGAUGAACCACGCCACCAUGCGGGUUAUGGACGCCGAGAAAGAAAAGCGAGAAAGCGAGGAGCGGCACCAACUUGCAACGACCAAAUGUGCAAACUGUGAGAAGAAAUUAAAGCAACUUGAGAAGAAGUUCAGCAAAUCCAUCCAGAAAGCAGGUCCAUAUUUUGAGGUAAAACAACAACUGGACAUAAAACUGCAGCACCAAAAACAGAAUGUGACGGACUUGCAGUCGGCCAUAAAAGACACAAAGGCUAAGUACUCCAACGCUCUGCGCAAUCUCGAGAAGAUCUCAGAAGAAAUCCACCAAAGCAGGAGGGAUAAGAUCAUGCUCAUGUUUCCUAGGCAACCGGGAGUCGGGGCCGAGUCCGGAAGUAGCCUCGCCUCCAUGGUUCCGGAUUUUAGUCUCGAGGAAUUAGAGAGUGUUUCUGAAAUCAGCGAUUCGGCCAUAGAAGAUGAUGAACCUGGUGUUAAAGAUGAGGGUAUUUACAUAAACUGUGCUUUCGUCUCAAAUAGUGAUGACAACAAAAACGGAAGCGACGCAGUUUCAGAUAGAAAAUCAUCGAAAAACCAUGAAACAGAAAAAAAUUCGCAAACUUUUCAUGAAUAUACAGAAAACAGUGAACAAGAAAGAAAUUGUGUGAACAAUUUGUCACAAGAAAGAACAGACGACAUUGCUGUUGAUGUUGAAGAAAAGUGGGAACUAGGGUUUAAAAGUAAAGUGUCGACAGGAAAUUCAGACGAUUCAACGCCAGAGAGUAAAGAUAUGUCGGUGUUAAGAAAUUCAGACGAAUUGGCACUAGGAAAUUCAAAUAAAUUAGUGCAAAGAUUAAUUAACGAGGAGGUAAACGAGAACUCGAAAGGAUUUUUACCAGAAAAUACUCAGUCUGAGGACUCGGUGCUGAACAAUUUUGAUAAUCUGACGGUAAAGAAUAGAGAGGAAUCUGUAAAUAAUAGAGACGAGGAGGCGAAAAGAAAAGAACAUAUAGAAUCUUAA